AUGUCGCACGGGGUAGAGACAGAUACAGAUUCAGAUGCAGAGACGCAAAGACUGGAGAAGAGGUUGAGUAAUGUUGAGAUCAGUGACGGUGCCGCUGCUCCCCUGCGGAAAUCGAUCCCGCUGAGCCGAGAGGCGCUGGAGGACAGCAAUUCGGUUAUUGUCACGAAAGUGGCUACUGAGGAUACGAUGAGCAGUUCGCCGUCGUCGUACGCAUCGAGCAAGACGCUGCCGACGGGCUCCGCUGGUGGGCACCUGGGGACACGGUUCAGUCCGAUGUCAGCUGCGGUGAGGCCCGGGGACGGCGGCGCCGAGGGGGAGCGGCGAGAGGAGGAGGAGACGCAGCGUUCGCUCAGUGAGAUCAAUUUUACGGUACCGCAGCACGUUUCGGAGGCUGUGGACGACGUUUUGGAUAGACCCGUGGGGGAACCGGAGCUCGAGUACCCGCAUGCGCUGAGGCUCAUAGGGUUGUCCAGUGACAAGCUGAUUAAAAUGCUGACCGCGCUGCUGGACAAGAUAGUACAGGCGAACGAUAGGCUGGAAACACCGGAUAGUGCGACGCUACUCAAGGUGAACGACGACGCGAGGGACACAGACGGGUACUACGAAAGCGCGGUCAACGCCAUACUGAGCUUCAAGGGCAAGCACAUCCCACAGAUCACGCUCGAACAGUACUUCCACAGGAUCCAAAAGUACUGCCCUACUACAAAUGACGUUUUCUUAUCCUUGUUAAUAUAUUUUGAUAGAAUAUCAGAGAAAUGCAACAGUAUACCGAGAGGUGGCGACGACGAUAAGGUGCAAGACGACACUUUGCUAUUUGUGAUGAACUCAUACAAUAUUCACAGACUCAUUAUCGCAGGUGUAGCAGUGAGCACGAAAUUCUCAAGCGAUUUUUUCUACAGUAACGCACGGUACGCUAAAGUCGGCGGUAUCUCGCUCAGAGAGAUGAAUUACCUCGAAUUGCAGUUCCUCGUUCUGUGCGACUUCAGCCUGUUGAUAUCCGUCGAGGAAAUGGAACGGUACGCAAGCUUGUUGUAUAGAUUUUGGGAUAACAGCAACAGUGUGUAA